CUUUCUUUUCUCUUCUUUUCUCUUAUUUCCUUUAGUUUUCCUUUCCUUUAUUUUCUUUUUUCUCUCUUUUCCUUUCCUUCACUUUCUUUUCCUUUCCUUUCUUCUUGCCUCUUCUCACCGCGGGAUCUACUGACAGCGCUGAAAAUCAGACGGCUUUAAUUUUCCUCAGCAGACUAAGCACAGUCAGACUCAAACGGAUGAAAAGAGUCCCCCUUUUCCCUUCCCCUCUCUCCCCGGCGCUUGGAAACUCUUCACGGAGUAGCACGAUCCUGCCGGAGAGCUCUCCCGGGGGCCCUACGCCCCUGUCCGCAGGUGGACGCGCACCCGACGGCUCCCCCCGGGGCCUCUCGCAGGCGUCGGUGCGCCCCGUCCCCGGAGGCAGGAGCCCGGCGCUCGCUUCCCGGGGCGGAGGGACGGCUCGGGAAGCCCCCCCGGCCCCCCCGGUCCCCGGCCGCAGCAGGUCCCUCCCCGCACACGGCCCGUCCGCCCCCCCGGGGCCGUGGCCGAGCUCCGGCCGUGCCCUGCGCGGAGGGCGGCGACACCCGCCGCAGGUGUCCCCGCCAGCCCGGCCCUGUCCCCGUCCCUCCCCGUCCCACCGCCGGCCGGAGCAGAGCCCGGCCGGUGCGCGGAGCCGGUUACUCACCGGGGCGAACACCUCGGGCCUUUGGGCCGCCCGCAGCCCCCCGGCCCCCCGCCCGCCGCCUGCCCCGAGCCCCCCCGACGGCCCCGCGACGCCUCCCGCGGCCCCCGGCCCGGCGGGCGCCCCACGAGCGAGCCUGGACGGGGGGGACCGGGGGACGGGGGGGGACACGGCAGACAAAGCGGGGAGUCCCCCCCGCCCCGGUCCCUCCCGUCGCAGCGGGGGCACUUCCCCGGGCCGCCCCCGGCCGCUGCAGCCCGGGGCCAGGCUCGGCCGGGCGGCCCCGAGCAGCCCCCCGCAGCCCCCGGUAGCCGGGCUGGGGUUUUAUAUUGGAAAUUAGGGGCAGGGGGAGGAGAUGGCGGGCACGCGGAGCGCUGAGUGUGCGGUGUCAAUCAGAGGGGUUUUGUGUCUCCUCGGCUCCCGAUGGUCCGUGGCUGAGGUGUCCCGGGUGGCACCACAAUGAAUAUGAAUAGGGGUCCUUGCUAAAUGGGACAGUCAAAGCGCACCGCCCUGAAUAAUGGCACGUCAUCCUAACUAGACCAUUAUACAUAGGAGGGCUCCUUUUGUCUCUGCUCUCUGCUGCAGCGCUAUAAAAGCCCCUCUUUUUCAGGCUGAGGUUAGUCCAAGCACACACUAACUAGCCAUCCUGUAAACAGGCUGAGCGGCCGGGGGAGGCUGGCGAGAGGGGGCCGGGGGCUUUUUUUCCUCCUUCCCCAGCUCUCCGAGCCCGCUGCUCGCCCAGCCCGCCGCCCGCCCGCUCCUUUUUCGUUCCUCUUUCGUCGCUUUUCGGAGGGGACUUGCCUCGUUCCGCCACCUCCGGAGCAGGGAAGAGUUUCUUGCUCAGACGCCCGAAUACAAUGAAUUCUGACUCCAGCUCUGUCUCCAGCAGAGCUUCCUCGCCAGACAUGGAUGAGAUGUACCUGAGGGAGCACCACCACCACCACCACCACCACCACCACCAGGACAGCCGGCUCAACUCGGUCUCCUCCACCCAGAACGACCUGGUGCAGAAGAUGGCCGGGGAAGGCCUCUCCAGGACCGGCUCCAAGGCCGGCGGGGAAGGCAGCAAGUACAAAAUCAAGAAGCAGCUCUCGGAGCAGGACCUGCAGCAGCUGCGGCUGAAGAUCAACGGGCGGGAGAGGAAGAGGAUGCACGACCUCAACCUCGCCAUGGACGGGCUGCGGGAGGUGAUGCCCUACGCCCACGGGCCUUCCGUGAGAAAACUCUCCAAAAUCGCCACCCUCCUGCUGGCCAGAAACUACAUCCUGAUGCUCACCAGCUCGCUGGAGGAGAUGAAGAGGCUGGUGGGGGAGAUCUACGGGGGGCACCACUCGGCCUUCCACUGCGGCACGGUGGGACACUCCGCCGGGCACCCUCCCCACGCCGCCGGCACCGUGCACCAGGUGCACCCCAUCCUGGGCACCGCCUUGUCCUCGGCCAACACCUCCUCGUCCCUGCCCGCCUCCCUGCCGGCCAUCGGCACCAUCCGGCCCCCCCACUCCCUGCUCAAGACCCCCUCCACGCCCCCCGCCCUGCAGCUCGGCAGCGGCUUCCAGCACUGGGCGGGCUUGCCGUGCCCCUGCACCAUCUGCCAGAUGCCCCCCCCGCCCCACCUCUCGGCCCUCACCGCCUCCAGCAUGGCCAGGAUCUCGGGGGACACCAAGGACCUGCUCAAGUGACGCCGCGGGGCCCCCCCGGAGCCGGCUGGGGCGAGGGGCGAGGGCGGCAAGGACCCCCCCGGGGGCGCUGCCCGGCGGCGGCGUGCCCUGGGACGAGGAACGAAAUGAGAGCGACAACGAGCAAGCCCCGCUGGAAAAAGAAGAAGAAUAGAUGCGAUGUAAAUAAGUCCUUAAAACGGAUGGGGGAAAAGGAAAGAAAGAAAAAAGAAAAA